CAUUUCUGUUUCUUCUUAUUGAUGCAUCUUAGAUUUCAACCUGUGUGCUGAUUACAGUGUUUUCUUUUUAAUGAUGACACUGCUGGAAGAUCCUCGGAGGAGCUAAAACUUUUCCUGGGGAGGAGGACUCUGAUCUGGAAUACUUGAAAAGAAUUUGGGAAUUUUGGACCUUUAACACAAAGGAAAACCUGCUUUUUGCUAGUUAUUUAAAAAGACCUAGAAUAAACUGCAGGACACCCUCGGAGACGGUCGAGCCCUCCGCGCUGUCUCUGCAGGAGCAUUCUGGGACUGCUGGAGUGAUUUCCCCCGAGCGGAGGGGCUUGCCGGCCAGUGUUAUUCCAGAGCUGAUCUGGGGGCAGAGGGGAGCUAAAUGCGGCUGACUGGCGACCCUGCACCGGGAACCAUGAACAGCAGCAGCGGGUCUGGCAACUUUCUGCUGGUCCCCAUACCGGAGUAUCCCCUGCUGGACUGUGUGCCCAACAAGACGGUGAAGAUCGUGGUGCUGGGGGCGAGCAACGUCGGGAAAACCGCUCUGAUUGUCCGGUUUCUAACCAAGAGGUUCAUCGGGGAUUAUGAAGCAAACACCGGAGCGCUCUACUCCAGAAAGGUCACGCUGGAUGGGGAGGAAGUGUCACUUCAGAUCCAGGAUACUCCCUGCGUCGCUCUCCAGGAUGAUGCUGAGGGCCUCUACUGCCAGGAGCAAAUCAACAGGUCAAUCUACUGGGCAGACGGUUACGUGCUGGUUUUCUCCAUAACAGACCACAACAGCUACCGCACCAUCCAGCCGCUGUACCAACACGUCCGACGCAUUCACCCCUCUGGGAACAUACCUGUUAUACUGGUUGGCAACAAGAGCGACCUGCUCAGAGCCCGACAAGUGCCGGCAGACGAGGGCGAGACGUUAGCAGCAUCACUAGGAGGGGUUUACUUCGAGGCCUCGGCCAGAGAGAACCACGAGGGAGUCCACGCCGCCUUCCUACAUCUCUGUCAAGAGGUGAUCCGGGCGCUGGGAGGUGGGAAUGGGGAGAAAAGAAGAGGAGGCCUCCACCUGGCCAGACCCAAAUCUCCCAACAUGCAGGAGCUGAAGAGGAGGUUCAGGCAGGUCCUCUCAUCCAAAGUCAAGUCAGCCACAACUCUCUGAUUGCAGGAUGGGACCAAAAACAACAUGAAGCUGAGCACGUGGCAGAUAUAAAAGCUUCCAUGGAAAUAAAAAGAUUCUAGUCCUUCUUCGAUGGAAGGCUGAAGGAACAUGGCAAAAGGCCUCGAUAUGGAAGACUUAUUACUUUAAAGUUUGGGAAUUCAGGCCGUUAAUGGCAUGAAAAGGCACGGCUGGCCCUUUCUGUCGUGAUCAAAGCAUUUUAAAGAUCACAAGCAGUCCUCAUCAGGCGGAUGGAUAAAGACAAACACUGAAGCCUUCUGGCAGUUAAGCGCCUCUGUUUUUUGGAUGACGCUCAUGGUCAACAUGACCUCUGAACAGGCUCGAGUACAACGAGGACGCUGCUCAAAGUGAACAUGCAAAGACUGCUGAAAAAACUCUCAUACACCGCAACCAAAGUGAAUACGUCAGAUUAUUAAAGAAUAACUGACGGGACAAUUUAAUGAAAAAAAAAGUUUGGGUUUUGAUUGAGAUUUCUUUGCCAUCUUUGCAACUAAAUGAAUCUCACUGCUCGCUGCAUUUGUUUCACAGUUGUGAGAACAAUGCCAGAUUUCAACUUUGCUGAUACCAAAUAAAAGUGUGAGUCUCCGUCCUACCUGCUGCAGACUUAGAGUUUAUUAAGAAAGUGGUCUGAACCAAAACAGGAAACGACCCCUAAACGCAAGCAUUCAAGGCUUUACACUGAGACAAAUGCUGACAUUUGACAGCAGGAAGGGACAAAACAAAGCAGGAACAAACCGCUGAUAUCUAUGGAAGACAAUGGCUGCCAAUAAUAAAAUGCAAACAUUUAAUCAAAUUGAAAUUUUUUGUUUCAUUUUUACAAAACUUAUGACAAAAUCAGUGUACUCCAGAGCACAACCUUGACAUAAUAAUCAUAAAAUUGAAUGUUAAAUGCAAUUUACUUCACUUAGAAGCCAUAGAACAUACACCUACAGAACUUGCCUAAGAAUCAUCACAUUUUAAAGUUUUCUUCUGUAUCAAAGCAAUCCAGUGAUAGUUGUCUGUACAUCCAUCGGUACACUGCAAACAGAAACUGCCAAUAGCCAAUUAGGGAUACUAGGUGCCAAUUAACUAAAAUUGGAGAAUAAACCAUUAUGAACUAAAAAAAAGGUUAUUUUCGUUCACAGUCCACAAUAGGUAACAUUUAAUGAGAAACAAUGUUUGGCCUAAAACUGAAAAUUGGAUUUUACAUUUUUUUUAUUCAGUUCUGUUACGAAACACACUCACAAAAAUGGUUUAUUUAUUUAUAAUUCGUUAUUAAUGGCAGCCAUAGACUUCCGCAAUUCAUGUGUUUAACUGCUAUGAACACCAGAGUCCAUUCAUGCUUUGCUGAAGUUACAGGAGUUUUUGUUAGAUUUGUUUUAAACCCCCCAAAAAGUCUAAUGUGCAAAGGUGACAGGCUGCCAAAACUCUGCCCAACACACGACAUACUUGUGAAUCCACAUGACUCUCAUUUACAAGCCCUGGUUUGCCUGUAAUUGUGGCAAAGUAAACUUUUCCACUAUAGCUCAGCCCAAAGGAUCCAAACUGUAGUUAAAUGGCUCGCAGUCUGCAGAGUAUGUCAUUUCUAUUGUUUUUAAAGGAAGGUUUUAGUGUUCUUGUGGGUUAAUGUUGCUUCAGAGGCUUUUUCUUCCCAACAAGGAGGAAUUUCUGGGCGAGUCACAGCUUCGUGGUGUCAGGAAACAAACUGUGCUGAGCUUGAACAGUUUCAGGACUGCCUGUGUUCAUGGGUCAAAAUCCCAAACUCUUUAUUAGCGAAUGAAUGGAAUUGCUGUAGCUGUCAAUUACAGCCUGUGUUAUCUAUAACGAAUUGGGAAUUUGUUCAAGUAUGUAAAAGGAAGUUGGGAUGAGUGUUUAUGGUGUUUGUGUUUUCUGCUGUUCUCAUGACCUCUCCUCUCACUGACACACACACAAAAUUCCCAGUAAAGACAAAUUCCUCAGCAUCUGGAAUUUCUUUCUCGGUCACUGAACUGCCACUCUAACCCUUUUACUCACACACACACACACACACACACACACACACACCCUUAAAAGAUUGUUUGCUGACCCCAACUCGAGACCUUUUGGCCUUUGACCUUUAAAAGCAGCAGGACUCCAUCAGAGUCUGGAAAAAUGUUGAGAUAAAGUCAGUCGUCUCGCUUGUUGUGUGUUGAGGCAAAAAUCCUGAGAUGCCAUUUGAUGAAUGCCAAGAUAAAAAUAAAUAAUAUGUGUGUGUGUGUGUGUGUGCGUGUGUGUGUGAGG